UUACAGUUACUCCUGUGAGAAUCGUGGUUUUAUUUCAAGUUUCUAAUCAAGCGCUUAAAGUGACAAUCUUCACAGCAUUGUGGGUGAUUAUAAAGUGAGUCUGCUUGUUCCUGAGAACCGUGGGACGGUAUACUGUCUUUGAAAUGGAAAUCCAUGAAACCGAUGAGGAGCAGCUUUCCCGUGUUCAUGCUUUCCCGAGGAGUCGCUCCAGGCCCCGCGAUGAGGAACGCACCGUCCAGUCCGCAGCUCGCCAUCCACAGUCCGGCCACGGCCGGGCUCCGCAGCGGCUGCGGGGCCCCGCUGUCACCUGCUCCCGGGGCCCUUCCCGCGCCGGUUCCAACGCGCUCCGUGCGCUCGGCGCAGGGAAGCGGCGGCGGUUCCCGUCUCCUCCCCGGCGCUGUCCGCAGCUGUCUCCCGCUCCAAGCGGCGAUCACGGCGCCGAUCCGGGGCGGCCGCCGCGGCCCGGCCCGCGCGGCCACGGCCACCCCCGCGCGCGGGCGCCGUCCUUGAGCUCGGCCAGGAAGGCGUCGCGCAGGCGAAGCAGGCGCGGAGCCAGGUCGCGCUGGCCGCGGGUGAGGGCGCUGGCGGUGACCCGGGCGGCGGCGCGGAUGGGCCGCGACUCCGAGAGCCGCUCCACGAGCCGCGGGCUGGAGAGCAGCAGCAGCAGCGCCCGCAGCAGCGCCAUGGCCGCCGCUCUCGCGAGACCCGACGCCCGAGCGCCCCCGCCGCGGGGCGCCCCGCGGCUCUCGCGAGAGGUGCCGCACGCCCCGCCCCGCCGCGCUCUCCGGAGCCGCGCACCGCCUCGCCAUUGGCUGCGCGCCCGGCCGCCGCGGGGCGCGUGCGCGGGGCGCGGGAAGGCGGGGAGGGGCCCGGGCCGGGCCGUGUCCGUUCCUUCUGGGCUGGGCUGGCCUCUGCCGGGUCGGGCGGUGUCGGUCCGUUCUGGGCUGGGCUGGCCUCGCCUCGGCCGGGCCGGGCGGUGUCGGUCCCUUCUGGGCUGGGCUGGCUUCGGCUGGGCCGGACCGGGCCGUGUCGGUCCGUUCUGGGCUGGGCUGGCCUCGGCCGGGCCGGGCGGCACCGCCAUGAGUUCCGGCGGCACGCUGAGCAUCCUGCGCAGCGACUCCUACGCCGAGCUCAGCCAGUACCGGGACCAGCAUUUCCGGGGGACGCGAUACGACCAGGAGCGGCUGCUGAGGAAGAGCUGCACGCUGUACGUGGGGAACCUCUCCUUCUACACCACGGAGGAGCAGAUCCACGAGCUCUUCGGCAAAAGCGGCGACAUUAAGAAGGUCAUAAUGGGGCUGGACAAAGUGAAGAAAACCGCCUGCGGCUUCUGCUUCGUGGAGUAUUAUGCCAGAGGAGAUGCUGAAAAUGCAAUGCGAUACAUCAACGGGACCAGACUGGAUGACAGGAUCAUAAGGACAGACUGGGAUGCAGGGUUUAAGGAGGGUAGGCAGUAUGGCCGUGGACGAUCAGGGGGGCAGGUCCGAGAUGAGUAUCGGCAAGACUAUGAUGCUGGAAGAGGUGGCUAUGGCAAAACUGUUCAGUGCCAGUGACUCCUCAGCCUCACAAGAGAACCAAAUCUGCAUAGUCAAUGUCCCCAGGCACAAAGCAGGUCUGUUACACACAGUUCACAGAAACUCCUAUCCACAUUCCUGUGAGCACUUCCUAUGUUCAAUACCUCUUUAUUUUGGUACCAGGAUCCAAAGCAUUGCAGAGGACCUGGGAGCAAGGCUUUAAGCAUUGGAAUGCUGAGGCUUUGGUCUCGAAAUGCUGCUAUAACUUACUGAAAGGAGCAAAGAUGUAAUGUUAUGGUGCUUUUUUUGUUCUCUGGCAAAACUUGAUUAUUCUACUGGAUUUUGUUUACAUUGGGAUCACAGGGUGGAGAGCAGGGAUAAAGGAUGAUUGGUGGGUGUUUUAGAGGAAAGCAAAAGGCAAAGAGCCUGAAAAGGAUGUGGAAUUUAUAAGGAAAUUUUUCAAUUUCUAGAGAAGACUUUUGAAUUGCAGAUUUUUCUGGCAUUACUGGAUUGGCAUCCUUUUCCUUUGAUGAUGUUCCUAGAAGAUUUGCAUGAGCAGCCAUAAUAAAACAAAUUAGAUUGAGUUCAGGAAUCACAAAGUGAGAAGCAGCUGAGCAGAGAGCAUGGAAUAGACCUCUGCUGUCUUCUACAAAGUACAGCUGUGAUUGCAUGACAGAGAAGAACAAAUACAAUAAUUACAGUACUAUUAUUUCACUGUUUGAGUAUUAGUAUUUUGCCCCAUCUGGUAUAUCUCUACAGCCUUAAUAUUUGAGGGCAGUAUCUUCCCUGUGCCUGUAGGGGUUGCAUGAAGCCAAGUUACCCCCAAAAUGGGAUGUUUGAGGAACCGGGUUUAUAAUGAGAAAGUUUCUUCCCAAAACACGUUUUCUGUUUGAGAAACUUGAUUUCAGACAACUUAAAAAUAGAAAUAAAAGAGUUUUGGGAGAAGUUUUGCUUUCUACUGAGCAUGUGGUAAAAAUGGUAAAAGGAUUUCAGGAUUGUGUAGCUUGUUGUGUUUUGGUUUUUCUCUUUCCUGCUGGAUCCUAUUCGUACUGCUUGUUGAUAUGUUGGAAUUUUGAUAUACUGCAGACGUAGGUUUAAAAAAUGUGAUCCCAAAAUCAAGGAAGUUGACCUGCUGAAAUGAAGUAGUUUAAAAAGAACUGUGGCAGGGCUUUGAAAUUUGUUCAUGGACUUCUGAGUUCCAUGUAAAUGGCAAUUACUAAAAUUUUGUGCAAUACCUUGUUGUCCAUGACUCGUUAUAAACUUUCAAAGAUGUACAAAAGUUAACUUUACUCACUAAAGGUAUUGUAGGAAAUUUUGAUGUGUUUCUUGUAUACAGUUAAUCACAGCUGUUACUGUAAAUUGGAAAAUGAGUGAGAUUGAGCAACUCCUUACUUAAGAGGUGUGGGUUUGAGGUUUUUUGGCAUGUUGAGUAAAACUAGACUUUUGGGAUCACUUGGUGCUGGUCUGCAAAUAAGCUUUGAAUAAAAUUACCUUUUCCAAUAUAGAACAUUAGACUAUGAGUUUACAGCCUGUAAUCUGCUCUAGAACACUGCUGAAGUUUAUUUUUCAUUGUAUCAGUUUUGUAUUAAAUAUAUGUUACCAAAAAUUCUAAAGUCUCUUUUAAAUAAAGCUGCAACAUUAAAA